UAAAAACUAAUAUUUAAUAAUGUUAAAUCAAUUUAUAGCAGAGAAUCGUAUUCCAUACAAUGAUGAGAAAGAUCAACUAAAACCAAUUGUAAAUAUUAAAUGGCCAACUUUGUCAGAACGUGCAAUAUCUAAGAUUCGAACAAUUUUCCGAAAAAUUUGUUCAGAAAUUCAAAUCGAAUCAGGCAUAAAUUACGACGAUUUGUGCGGACCGUGGGUUUAUUCAAAAAAUCCUCUUUAUAGUCAAUAUGUUGAUUUACCACGUCCAAGUUUAUGCAUUUGGAAAUACUUUUCAGAAGAAGAUAUAGUUUAUCUCAAGAAACAUCAAGAAAAUAAGGACAUAAUACGUUCUUUUUUUGGUAAAUAA